UCCGUAGCGCAAUGUGAAAAGGUGAAUCCUGUCAGUGUUUCAAAAUAGUUUCGUGUUUAUGUGACCGCGUGAAGCGCGUAGUACUUGUUAUGCCUUACUUUCGAAACGUUUGGUGUACCUUAAAAACAAGCAAAAGCAGAUAUUUCGUGUAGUUUAUAGUACUUGCUUGCAAUUGAAGUGGUGCGUUUUCUCGAUAAAUGUGCUGCGAAUAUUAAGCCUAACGCAAUACCUUGAUAUGCAAUCGCAAGCAGUGACGUUUUCACAGGACUUGCUGACUAAAUCAUGUCGAAAACGUUUCUUGGAUUUGGAAAAGGCUCUAAUAGCCUACACAUGCUUAACCGUGAUGAGGCACUCACAGCUGACAUAGAUGAUGACGACUAUGAUGCCCACAAUGAUGAGACUUUUGGCAGUGCUCUAGAAGGCGAUGACUGGGAGGAAACACACGAGAAGUAUGCGGAGCUUGAAGACAAAGUCCGCCUGCCCCUUGUCCCUACAGCGUUGCAAGGUGGCGAGGCCGACUAUGUUCUUCCUCAUGACAUCGUCGAGCGCAGCAUUUCUCAUCUAGUGUUGGAGGACGACCACGAAGAAGACCCUGCAAUAAUGACCUAUUCGAAGGCUGCACCUUCUCCAUGGCCAUCUGAGUGGGGGCGCCCUUCGACGUCUCCGCCACCACCAGCUAUCCUGGAACAACAAUUUGGUAAUUCCCCUGGCAAGAAUAACAUAUGGAGCCCCAGAGCCGUUCCUCCCCCUGAUGACAAGCUGGCGGACCUACUGAAGGCCUUACAGCAGCAGAGUGUAGCAAAGCAGUCAAUGCCAGAAAAGUCCCUGCCGGCCAAUGUCAAAACCUUGGAAGAACUGGAGCGUGACAUACUUUCUCCAAGUGAUAGAGCAGGUGCUACAAUAAAUAUCUCUGAUGUGCAGCAUCGACCCUUGAACAUCUGGAAUGACAGGCUUCCUGCAGUUCGAGCUGAGCACUUGGAACGAGAAGCGCAGGAGAAGCUGCAGCCGUUCAGUGUUGCUAGCAUAGAAAGAGAGCUGCUAAAACAGUGUAGUGCGUCACCUCACAGAAACAGCGUACCCAUUCCCAUUCGGCAAGACCGCAAACGAUGGCCUUCUGUCGGAAGCCCUCCUGACAACAUGGGAAGCUUUGCUCUGGGCUUGGGUUCUCCGAUUUCAAUGACCCCCUCUGGCUUGCAAAGUAGUUCGUCCCCGAAUAUCUCUCCCGGAGGUCCCGCACAGCACCGUGGCAGAGUUCCUCCUCCCAGUAUGCCUCCUGGAUUUGGAGCAAGAGUGGGUGCACCUCCUCCACCUCUGCCAAACCAUAUCAUGAUGGGUCGAGGCCGUAUGACGCCAAACUCCGCUUUUAACCCCUCGGUGUUGAGUAACAUGCCUCGAAGUGCAAACAUGCCUCUUCAGCGUCCGCCUCCAUGCUUCCGGCCAGGGAUCACGCCCAACUCUGUUGACCUGCGGAGGUUUCUCUAUCCGAGGCAGAUUCAACACCCUCUCUUGAAUAAGAACCAAGUACGAAUGCCUCUGCCUAACCACCUCCACCAACACCACCAGCCUUACUAUCACCAGCAGCACCACCAUCAGCAGCACAUGCCAGAACAGCCACACUGGAGGACGGACCAUGACCACCCGUACGUACCAGGCCCAGAUGACGUCUAUGCAGGUCUGAUGACGCAGAAAGAGAAGGACUGGCUUAUACGUAUACAGCUCCUUCAGCUGCAGACAGACAACCCUGAAGUGGAUGACUACUACUUCACUAUGUUCACUAAGAAGGCAGCUGAAGAUAAAGAGGAAGGCUUUGGCCUGGACGGUGAUGGAGACAAACUGAAAUUCUUGUGUCCUGAGCGAGUGAGAACAGAAUCAAAGUCCUACACACCUAAAAGGACGCGCAAUCAGCCCAUGCAGUUUGAGCGGUCACUGGGCAAGCUCCAAGUUGUCAGUGUCAACUACCCUCGGAAAAUCCUCGACAUGGGAGUACAGCGGCUCAACGAAGAUGAGGAGAGAACGGUGCCCCCCGACACUGAACUCCUGUGGUUCCGCCACUUGUUGCUCGACAUAGAAAAGCUGUACUCGGCAGUCCUGGAUUAUGAGAGCGAAAGCUGCCCCAAAGAAAACAAGGCAAAGCUGGAGGAGAAGUUGUUCACUGACCUUCACGGUCCAGACGAUCGUUUUAUGCAGAUAGCCAGCGUACGCAAGGGUCGCACACUCAUCCUUCGGGUCCUUCCCAUACUCAAGCAGGAGCACAAGGUGACAGUGUUGAGUACCCUCUUGCGUCAUCUCACAUGGGUGCAGCGCAAAGACCGGCACGACCAUGUGCUCUUGUAUGGCCACAGGGCGGUAAAGAAGUGCAUUCAGGAGUGCUCGUUCGAUGAACUCAUUGAGCUGGCUGCAGCCUUGAAGACAAAUUCUGUCCAGACAUUGGCCUGUGUGUUCGCAAUAUGUAUGGUGUGCUUGAUCAUGGAACGAGCGGAAGAGUUGUACAAGAUGGAACCUGUGGUGAAUGAAGAUGUUCGAGAUAAAUGGUCAAACCUAGCUUCUGAACUUGUGGAACGCUGGGCCAGCGGUCUGACACCUGAUGCAACAAGCACGGUUGUCCGAUCUCAGAAUACGAGUGCAGUGCUCUCUCAUCUUCACCGGCUCCGCGUGGACAGGACAACCAUAGACAAACUCUCUCCGAUCAUCUGCAAAGAAACUACUCAGCAGAAUGGUUUCAGUGACCUGUUGCCCACUGGUUAACCAUCCAGUCACACUUCCCCCAGAGCGCAGAUAUAUUUUAUUGUAUGGUUGUUUAGCUUGGAGAGUCCAAACAGCAGUUUUAUGAGCAGCUUUGGUGACAAGCAACUGUUUCAUUUCAGUUAUAGUUAUGAGCAUAAGAAAAAAUCUCAUGGUAUGAGCUGGUUAAUUUCUUUUUCACAUUUUUUGGAAUAAAUGUUUGUGAGACUGGCCUGUCAUUUCUACUAAAAGUGGAGAAUGCCUGAAAAUAUGAUGGGAGCGUAGAAAAAUGGAGCUUUAUCAUAGUUGUUGAAAUACUUUGUACAGAUUCCCCCCUUUUCUACUGUACAGCCAAGAGGCAAGUUAAUGUCGCAUUGAGUUUUUGUUCACGUCCCUCGGACAGGGGUGCCUAGACAUAAGACUGCUGCCUGGAUUAGCCAUUGUUAUUAAUCCUCAUCCUCAUUUUAGGCAUCUUUUUCGUUGACUCUUCUCUCAGGACAUGUGAAGCGGCACUUUGUUUAGUUGAUGGCUGUUGACCCCCUUCUGGAAAUAUUUCUCGGGCAGGGACGGGCCUUACAUUUGCUCACAGUGCUCCGUCCUUGUCCAAGGCUACUUAUUUGCUUUUUAAUACGUCUCUCUCUCUCUUGCUUUGUUCAGAGAAGAGGAGGAACAUUUCCAGAAGGGAUCCAACGGGGUUUCUCUUGGUUUUAUGUUUCUUUGUUGCAUGCGGUAAGGCUUCUGCAAGUUUCUGCGUUUGGUUGAUGCUAUGGUGACUCAUGUGCAGCUUCAUGUGUUUUGAUUUCCUUGUGUGUGCAGCACAGUGUUGAGGUAUGUCGUACUAAGGCCACCAAUGUGCAGGUGGCAUCGAAGGAGUUGCAGAAGUCAAUUGUAAAGAGAUGGAAAAUGAAAGCAUAAUGCAG